AUGGCCGCCCACGGGCAGGUGCAGAUGGGGCCGCGGCUGCUGGGUCUGCUCCUCCUGGUUCAAGGUGCCCAGGUUGCGGGCUCCCGGGAGGACUUCCGCUUCUGCGGCCAGCGGAACCAGACGCAGAAGAGCAGACUGAUUUACGAGCAGCAGACACAGCUGCACAUCUCCAUCCAGAAUGCGGAGGAUGCCCUCACCGUGCGCGCCCCCUUCCCUGGCGUCGCUACCCACCACUUCCCGGACCCCAGGGGCCUCUACCACUUCUGCCUCUCCUGGAACCGCCACGCCGGGAAGCUGCACCUGCUCUACGGCAAGCACGACUUCCUGCUGAGCGACCAGGCCUCCGACCUCCUGUGCUUCCAGAGCCAGGAGCAGAGCCUGGCCCCGGGCCCCCACAUGCUCGCCACCUCCGUCAGCUCCUGGUGGAGCCCCCGGAACACCAGCCUGCCCAGCACUGCCGGCUUCACCUUCUCCUUCCACAAUCCUCCCCAGAAGGCCUCCCACAAUGCCUCGGUGGACAUGUGCGAGCUGAAACGGGACCUCCAGCAGCUCAGCCAGCUUCUGAAGGCUCCCGGGAAAGCCCCAAGGAGGCCCUCGGCCACGCCCACCCGCUCCAGCCAGCAGCUGCAGAGCCUGGAGUCAAAGCUGACCUCCCUGCGGUUCCCAGGGGACACGGUGUCCUUUGAGGAGGAGUGGGUCAACGCCACCGUGUGGAAGCUCCAGCCCACGGCCGGCCUGCGGGACCUGCACCUCCACUCGGGGCAGGAGGAGGGCCCGGGGGCAGUGCGGGAGUACUCGGUGCUGCUGCCCCGAGUGCUCUUCCAGAAGGCCAAAGGCCGGAGGGGGGAGGCUGCCCAGAGACUCCUCCUGGUGGAUUUCAGCAGCCAAGCCCUGUUCCAGGACCAGAAUUCCAGCCAAGUCCUGGGGGAGAAGGUCUUGGGCAUUGUGGUGCCCAACACCAAGGUCGCCAACCUCUCGGAGCCGGUGGUGCUCACCUUCCAGCACCAGCCGCAGCCGAAGAACGUGACUCUGCAGUGUGUCUUCUGGGUGGAAGGCUCGGCAUUGACGGGCGCGGGGAGCUGGAGCAGCGCCGGGUGCAGGACCGAGAGCAGGGAGAUGCAGACGUCCUGCUUCUGCGACCACCUGACCUACUUCGCGGUCCUGAUGGUGGCCUCCGUGGAGGUGGACGCCGUGCACAAGCACUACCUGACCCUCCUGUCCUACGUGGGCUGCGUCAUCUCCGCCCUGGCCUGCGUCCUCACCAUCGCCGCCUACCUCUUCUCCAGGAGGAAGUCUCGGGAUUACACCAUCAAGGUGCACAUGAACCUGCUGAUGGCCGUCUUCCUGUUGGACGUGAGCUUCCUGCUCAGCGAGCCGGUGGCGCUGACCGGCUCCGAGGCCGGCUGCCGCGCCAGCGCCAUCUUCCUGCACUUCUCCCUGCUCGCCUGCCUCUCCUGGAUGGGCCUGGAGGGCUACAACCUCUACCGGCUGGUGGUGGAGGUCUUUGGCACCUACGUCCCCGGCUACCUGCUCAAGCUGAGCGUCGUGGGCUGGGGCUUCCCUGCCUUCCUGGUGACCUUGGUGGCACUGGUGGAUAUUAACAACUAUGGCUCCAUCAUCCUGUCUGUGCAAAGGACCCCCGAGAGUGUCAUCUAUCCUUCCAUGUGCUGGAUCCGGGACUCGCUGGUCAGCCACAUCACCAACCUGGGCCUCUUCAGCCUGGUGUUCCUGUUCAACGCGGCCAUGCUGGCCACCAUGGUGGUGCAGAUCCUGCAGCUGCACCCGCGCACGGAGAAGUGGCCCCACGUGCUGACGCUGCUGGGCCUCAGCCUGGUCCUCGGCCUGCCCUGGGCCUUGGUCUUCUUCUCCUUCGCUUCCGGCACCUUCCAGCUGGUGGUCCUCUACUUCUUCAGCAUCAUGACCUCCUUCCAAGGCUUCCUCAUCUUCCUGUGGUACUGGUCCAUGCGGCUGCAGGCCCAGGGCGGGCCCUCGCCCCUGAAGAGCGGCUCGGACAGCACCAGGCUCCCCAUCACCUCGGGCAGCACCUCAUCCAGCUGCAUCUAG